GGAGUGCGCGAGGCCACAGCGGCGAGAGCAGCUGGGCCACAUUUUGUUAUGUAGCGUCUCCAAGGCACAACUGUGCACCAUGGCCGCUGACAAACAGCACUUACGGGUGUUUUGGAGUGGAAGAGGCGACUGUUUUCUGUGAUUUUUUUAUCCUCCAGUUUUCACGGCGCAGGAAUAAAGCUCCUUGAGGCUGUUAGUGUAGUAUAUCAACGGAAGGCAUUGUCUGUGCGUGGCGGCUGUUGUCGGCAUUGUGUGCUCACAUCGACGCUAAGCUAGCGCGGCUGCUGGCUCGGUCGGUCUGUGUGGUGGGAGCUGGUGAUGUUGUCCGUGCUGUCAUACGGCAGACUGGUUGCCAGAGCUGUCAUCGGCGGACUCUCUCAGACAGACAGCCGUGACUACAGCCUGGUGACGGCGAGCUGCGGUUUCGGCAAGGAUUUCCGUAAAGGCAUCCUGAAGAAAGGGAUGUGCUAUGGGGACGACGCGUGCUUCAUCGCCCGGCACAGAUCCGCGGAUGUUUUGGGUGUAGCAGAUGGAGUAGGUGGUUGGCGGGACUAUGGCGUCGAUCCGUCACAAUUUUCAGGUACGCUAAUGAAGACAUGUGAAAGACUGGUGAAGGAAGGACGCUUCGUUCCCAGCAACCCUGUGGGAGUCCUCACGACCAGCUACUACGAGCUGCUGCAGAACAAAGUGCCACUACUGGGCAGCAGUACAGCCUGCAUUGUGAUGUUGGACCGGCAGAGUCACCGCCUGCACACAGCUAACCUGGGAGACUCAGGCUUCCUGGUGGUUCGGGGAGGGGAGGUGGUUCACCGCUCCGAUGAGCAGCAGCACUACUUCAACACGCCCUUCCAGCUAUCCAUCGCUCCCCCUGGGGCCGAGGGGGCUGUCCUCAGCGACAGCCCCGACGCUGCAGACAGCUCUUCCUUCGACGUCCAGCUGGGUGACAUCAUCCUCACCGCCACCGAUGGGCUCUUCGACAACAUGCCUGAUUAUAUGAUCCUGCAAGAGCUGAAGAAACUCAAAAACACAAACUAUGAGAGCAUUCAACAGACUGCCCGGAGCAUUGCAGAGCAGGCCCACGUUCUGGCAUAUGACCCCAACUACAUGUCGCCUUUUGCACAGUUUGCCUGUGACAACGGGCUGAAUGUAAGAGGAGGAAAGCCAGAUGACAUAACAGUGCUGCUGUCCAUAGUGGCAGAAUACACUGACUAGAGUCUGUGUGGAGCUGUGACAGGGGGGCAUCUGCCUCUGCAGGUGAUGGACUGCUUUGAUUCCUGCUGGCCAGGAUGAAGGACUGAUGUCGGAUGCUUCCCCCGCAUCCCCUGCCUCCACUCAACCCCCAGCUGACCAUCACUCCCUCCCCCGCCCCCCAAAAAACUCCUACACGCCUACUUCUCUAUGAUCAUGUGCAUCAGAGAGUGGCAGAAUAGAAAGGACUGGAGGCCUCUUGGCCAGCCUGCAGUGUUGGUGUCUUGCCACUGUUCCAGUCUCACUGGAUAAUCCCAUUGCCUGGGAUAAGCAGUCAUUGGGCACGUUGGCGAUGAGGAGGAUGAUGAUAAGUCGUCUUUCUCCGAGUGGUUUGGGCAGGGAGGAGGUUGAGAUUCAGAGACGGGGCAGAUGUAGCCAGAAGACGAGAGGUGUUCGACUGUUAAAGCAGCCCCCUGCUGGGCUGCCAGAACAGAUAGAUACGGUCCAUCAGUAGUGUCAAGAAGGGAACUGCACAGGAAAUGCCAGCAUUAGGGCUGAAUAAAUGGGCUGCCUUGUGCAAGCAAAUGUUCCUGACGAUACAAUGGUAGUUAGAAAAAGGGCCUGGAACCUUGUAUGUGGGGGCAGGGAGCAUGUGUUUGAUAAUAUAAUGUGACUAGUGUGCUGUUCUGGGAUGUUUUGUUAAGUGUUUGCAAAAGAAGUAGUGUAAAUGAAGUUUAUACCUUUGUGUUUAGUUUCUUGGGGCAGAUGGAUCCAAUAAGAUUUUAUGAAGAGCGGCAGCUGCCUUUUCCAUACCAGUGCAAUUUAAGUCUUGCACACAUUUUGUUACUUUGUGGCUGUUAGAAUGAGGGUUUUAUAGUUCAAAAGCCUCUCAAAAUAUAUAUUUUGUCAAACUAAUGCCCCCCCUUUAAUCUCACAGCUGCUGCUGAAAUCUUGAUUGUGAUUACACGUGAUGUGUGUAUGAAUAUGUGUAUGCGUGAUGAAUGCACUCAUGUCAGUGUGUCUAUUGAACUGUGUAAUAAGUGUCAAUGAAAUGGAUGUGAAGGCUACAGACUUCUCCAUAUUCACUGGGCUGAAUUGGUCUUGUAGCCUUAAACGCACAAAGCUUAAGAAGCAUAUCUGAAAAAGCUCAACACAGUGGAAGUUGGUCAGGUGACCAAAUGUAUUUUUGUAACGUCUUUGUUCAAUGGGAUUGUUGAAUUCUCUGGACUGAUCGCCACAUCAGAGUAGCUUUAGAAACUGUUGUUCAUAAUCAGCGUUUCCUUUUCUCCUCUUCUCCCCCGCUAUGAAGCUCCAGUGGCACAUUCAUAAGUCAGGUCACUGCAGGUUUCAUGUGAAAAAUGGUCUUAUUGUUGCCAUUACAUCACUACAGAUUUGCACUCUGCAUUUACCAAAACUUUAACCCACAGUUAAAAAUAUUUCUUAGUAAAGUCUGUAUUUUGUGUGAUGUUAUGAUGAUGUGCCUUGUAUCAGGUGUUGUUGAUACUGGCAAGCAAAAUUCCUUAAACCCCCCCUAACUAUGUGCCAGGUACUGAGCACAAAGCCUGAAACUGUUCAAUAGCCAUAAGAGGUCAAAACAGCUUUCCCAUCAUGCCCUGCUGUCUUAACACUAGAACUUUUCACCUACAGUAUGUUCAACCGUUUUUCUCCUGAAAUCUGCUUUUCUGCACUCAGUCAGGAGCUGAGAAAUAGUGAAGCCAUCUCACACUUAGAAAAUCCUCCCUGUGGAUCCUCAGAUCACUGUUUACAAUCUGCACUAUCUAAUGGACUGUUUCCCUACUUUAUCUGACAAGUUCACACUGGAAGACUGCAGUGUCAGGUAUCAAUUUGAAAUGGGGCUAAUGGGCUUAGAAGUGGUGAAUGGUCAAAAUGUGAGUUUUAAGCAUUAUAGUACUGAGGACAAUCUAAGCAGCCUUAACGAUAUUGCAAAGCAAUUCUCCCAGUCAGAUGGUACUGCCACUGUGGGCUCUGUGGUUUCCUGCUUCCUGACUCACACCUGCCCUGACAUUCUUCCCUGUCGUCUCCCAUCUACUUCAUCUUCAUCUUCAUCUUCCUCUUCCAAACAAACUUUGUUACAACCAGAGCAUGUGUCUAUAUAUAUUUUGGGUGUACAGUUCAAUGCAGAUUUAAGCUCUGUUAAAAAAACAUUUUCAAAUCUGAACAAUAUUUAAAUAAAGAGUUUAGUAUUUAU